UUUUGCAGGGGGAAACUAUUACGCCGUUUAAAUGUAUUUUCAUACGUCACACUCAAGUCAAAACAUCCCGCAUCCACUGAAAAAUAAGGAUAUUCUUUCAUUCAAAAAUCAUCGGACUGAGGAGAUUAUGAAGUGAAAAUGAGUGUCUCAAUCGGUGAUAAAAUCGAGGACUUCAAAGUUCUCACCUUGCUGGGCAAGGGCUCUUUUGCAUGUGUUUACAGAGCAAAAUCUGUAAAUACAGGCUUGGAAGUGGCCAUCAAAAUGAUUGACAAGAAGGCCAUGCACAAAGCGGGCAUGGUGCAGAGAGUCAUUAAUGAGGUGGAGAUUCAGUGUCGGUUGAAGCACCCAUCAGUUCUUGAGCUGUACAAUUACUUUGAGGACAGUAAUUAUGUGUACUUGGUUCUGGAGAUGUGUCACAAUGGAGAAAUGAGCCGCUACCUGAAAGAAAGGAAAACAUCAUUUACAGAGGAAGAGGCAAGGCACUUCAUGCAUCAGAUUGUUAAGGGCAUGCUGUACCUCCACACUCAUGGAAUCAUGCAUAGAGAUCUGACCCUUUCCAACCUCCUGCUCACCAGCAGCAUGAACAUAAAAAUUGGAGACUUCGGCCUGGCAACACAGCUCAAGCUGCCCAGUGAGAAGCACUUCACAAUGUGCGGCACACCCAACUACAUCCCUGAGGUGGCCACGCGCAGCGCUCACGGCCUGGAGUCAGACGUUUGGUCGCUUGGCUGCAUGUUCUAUGCCUUCCUCACGGGCAGACCUCCCUUUGACACGGACACGGUGAAACGCACCCUCAACAAGGUGGUGCUGGGAGAGUAUAAGAUGCCCACGCACAUAUCAGCUGAGGCUCAGGAUCUAAUUCAGCAACUGUUGCAGAAGAACCCUGACUUCAGGCCUAGCCUCUCAGCUGUGCUGGACCACCCCUUUAUGACUCAGAUUGAGCCCACUGCAAGCAAAGACUCAGGGUGCAGUGAAGGAGGGUCAAUGGACAGCGGCAUAGCCACCAUAUCCACUACAUCCAACACCACCAGCAACAGCAGUGGCAGUCGGCUACAGAGGAAAACAAGGCAGGUAAUUGGACAGCCCUUACCCAAUCGCAUGGCGCCCAUCCCCAGCCACACCCCACAUCAUUCCACCAGUUCCAGUUUUAAGAGUGGACAGGAUUGGCAGCUGAAUUCACGAGAUGAUUUAUCCAGAAUGGAUGGUGGGCAAGUUCCCCUGGGUGCUGACACUGGAUGGCCUCAUUCUCACUACCUGAGAAGAGCUCAUUCGUCAGAUCGAUCAGGCACUGGGUUUAGCCACACUAGACAGGAGGCGGCGCUAGAGAGAUGCCACUCAGAAGAGAUGCUUCCAGAGUCUGGCCGGUUGUUCCCACCCACUUCCAGUUAUAGAGAUAUGCCCCAUAGCUACUCUGAGCAUGGGCGUCUCCCCUCUCCACCUGUCAAACAGCCUGCAAAUGCGGGAUCCUGUUUCUCUACAUCAAAGCUUCCUAUGAGACCACAAAUAUCUGACUCUCAAACACAGCCUUGGUUCAGUAACGAUGAAACUUUCAAGAGGCCAGCAGACCUGAGCAGUCACAGCAGCAGUGGGAGCUUUCACUCUGGACGGGGACCUGUUGGAACUCAAACCUCCUGCAGUGACAUACCCAGCAGCCGUUACUCUCAGCAGCCAAACCUGUUCCCUCACACAAACCAAGAACCUCAGUUUCUAGGUCCACCCCUCUCCAAAAGCAAAUCAAACAUAGAUAAGAAGGAAAAUGCGUGCUCUAAGAAGAGCUUUCCGCCGCUCUGUGCUGCCAGACUCAAGCCAAUUAGACAGAAGACCAAAAACGCUGUAGUGAGCAUCCUGGACACUGGAGAGGUGUGUAUGGAGCUUCUGAAAGGACAUGGAGCUCAGGAGAGAGUCAAAGAGGUGCUGAGGAUCUCCUGUGAUGGAUCCAUGGUUACUGUGUACCAGCCCAAUGAAGGUAAAGGCUUCCCUGUGCUAGACCAUCCACCCUCCCCACCUGAAGAUAUUCUCAUCUGCAGUUAUGAGGAUUUACCAGAAAAAUACUGGAAAAAGUAUCAGUAUGCCACCAAGUUUGUCCUUUUGGUGAAAUCAAAGACCCCCAAAGUCACCUUGUUCACAAAGUUUGCCAAAUGCAUGUUGAUGGAGAACUCUCCUAACGCAGACCUGGAGGUGUGCUUUUAUGAUGGUGCAAAAACCCAUAAGACGAGUGAACAGGUGCGUGUGGUGGAGAAGAGUGGGAAGUCAUACACGAUGAAGGGUGAUGUUGGGCUGAGCGGACUGAGCCCUGACUGCAGACUCUACAUGGAGCUCUCUGAGGAGGGUCACCGGAUGUGUCUAUCUUUGGAAGCAGCUAUCACUGCUGAGGAGAUGCGUAGUGCUAAAAACACACCAUUCUUUCCCAUCACAAUCGGCAGAAGACCCACCAAUCCAACUGUUCCAGCCCCUCAACCUCAGUGUUGCUCUGAUACAGCUCCACCUUCUGAGGUCGCUCAGAUGAUUUCCAACACUGGAUCUGACUUUACGACAGCUAGCAUGGCAAAAGGCAGCUCACCCCAGUCAGUCAAAGAUGAACGCACCAUUAACCCAGGAAAGGUGCUCAAGUCCAUCUUUGUGCCGAACAUUGGCUGGGCCUCUCAGUUAACAAAUGGUGAGGUUUGGGUUCAGUUUAAUGAUGGAUCCCAGCUGAUGGUUCAAGUUGGUGUCUCUUGCAUCAUUUUUACUUCCUCCGAUGGACACAUCACCAGGUAUAAAGAGAAUGAGAAGUUACCAGAGAUGGUUAAAGAGAAGUUGCAUUGCCUCUCCACCAUACUUGGGCUUCUGGCCAGCCCUUCCGCCAGACACUGAGGAUCACGCCAAACAGUGUUCAUGUGACCUGUGACCUCUCUGAAGCACUUCUGAUUUUUACGCCAUAUUAUCGUCAUGAAAAUGCUUUGAGUGUUUGUAAAUACAUUUUUAAACCUUUGUACAUAUAGUCCCAAAGAUUAUGAAAAUUAUAUAUUUUUAUGUUGUACAUAAUGGGUUUAAUGUCUUUGUCUUGUGUAUUUAGAUAUGGUGUCUGUAUUUUUUUUUCUACCAGUUGAGUUGAAUCCUCAGCACUUCAAUGAAAUGUCAG